GAGCAUCACCCUUCACCCGGAGCCUAGCACGCUAUAACCGGGGGAAGCAGCGACAUUCAACCGGAUGCCUCUAUGAUCCAUCUAGCACUACAGCGAGAUACACACUGUUCAGUUUGCACAAGAGGUGAGCCAUGGCUGACCCGAACGCCGCCCGUCCCCAGAGGAAGAUGUCCACCGCCGGGGAGAGCGUGUACAAGGUGUUAGGACUAGAGAAAGGAGCCACGGCCGAGGACAUAAAGAAAGCUUACAGGAAACUAGCGUUGAAGUAUCACCCGGAUAAGAACCCCGACAACCCGGAGGCUGCGGAUAAAUUUAAGGAGAUCAACAACGCCAACUCGAUCUUAAACGAUGACACCAAGAGGAAGAUUUACGACGAGUACGGCUCGAUGGGACUCUACGUGUCCGAGCAGUUCGGAGAGGAGAGCGUCAAAUAUUAUUUCCUCAUGUCCAAAUGGUGGUUUAAGGGUUUGGUGGUGUGCUGCACGCUCUUCAGCUGCUGCUGCUGUUGCUGCUGCUGCUGUUUCUGCUGCGGUAAAUGCAAACCGCCCGACGACGACGAAAACUACCAAUACGUCGACCCCGAAGACCUGGAGGCCCAGAUUAAAGCGGAAAUGGACACAGGUAACGUAAUCAUAGGCCAGCCAACGUCUAAUCUGGCUCCGGACGGCCCGGAAGGCCAAAGUCAGCCCCUGCCUCUGCCUCUGCCUCUGCCUCCACCGGAGCCUGCUGCCUCCUCCAGCGAGCCGGCGGGGGAAGAAAACCCCGGAGAGACUUUACCAGAGUCGAAAUGACUCGAAAAUGACAGAGUGGAAAAGCCUCAACUAGCAGACACAGGCAGUCGAGCCCCCUUUACGAUCCAGCCACAUCUAUCUGCUGCCAGCGACCCAGAGAUCAACCAGCCCGAAGCCACCAGCCAGACCAGGGGCCCCAAUCCUGAUCCCACCUGCCCUUCCUCCUCUUCCUCCUCCUCUUCCUCCAUCAAUCCAUCCACUGGACGACACCCGAAGGCCUCCGUGGAACUUCUGGAGGAUUAUUCA